AGCGGCGAAAACUUAUUAAAAAAAAACUUGGAUAACUCGAAAGCGCAUGCUAACGAACAUAAGCAGCCGCAUCCAAAAUGAAAUUAUAGAAUGUCAAAUUCUUGCUCAAACAGUCAAGCAUUUCAUUAAAACCAAUAACUCAGACUCAAAACUAUGUGUGGGCAUUGAUUCUGAUACGUGUAACCUCAUGUUAGGUGAACAAAAGGGCGCUGUAAUGGAGUUGCAAAAUCUUUUCCAAAUGCUCUAAAAAGCCCAUGCGCAAAUCAUGCCUUGUAUCUUUCGAUUUCAAAAAGCAGCAGUGUCCAAGCAGUUAGAAAUGCUGUAGGCAUAAUGAAGGAAGUAAUUGCGUUCUUCAAAGAA